GAGGAGGAAUAGAAAAAGGGACGAGAUCUGAUCGCAUCAACAGACUCCCCCGCGCCGUCCGUGCCAUUUCGACCCCUCGUAACCCCCUUCUCCCACCCUCGCCGAGUCCUCUUCCUCCCGAUUACGAUCGCUCCCGGCGCCUGUAAGAAUCCAAUCCGAUCCCAAUCCGACGUCUCAUCGAUCGCCGUCCUCCACCCCGCUCCGUCGUUGAUCUCCACGCCGCGGUGGAUGACGAACGCGAACGCAGGCGGAUCUGCGAGGAUUUGUUGCCAAGGAGAGUGAGAGUGUGGGCAGGGUGAUACACGAUGCCUGGACUCUUAACAAGAUGCGCUGAAUUCUCGUCGCCCGCCCGAUCCGCGUCAUCGGACGGCAUCUGGUCCAGGCACCGCGACAGCAUCUCAUUUGAUCAGCUGCAGAAGUUCUGGAGUGAUCUAUCCCUUCAUGCUCGAAAGGAGUUCCUGAGGCUCGAUAAACAGACUUUAUUUGAACAAGCUAGGAGGAACCUCUACUGUUCCAGAUGCAAUGGGUUGCUUCUGGAAGGCUUCUCGCAAAUUGUAAACUAUGGGAAGUCAAUGCAACAGGAAGGUUCUGAUUUUCAACUUUCAGAUAGAGCUGGGAAUUGCCAAUCCCAGAACCAUGGUGACAUAGAUGAGGUACAGGAUCCAUCGCUGCAUCCUUGGGGUGGUCUGACAACAACUAAGCAUGGUGCUCUCACAGUUCUUGACUGCUUUGUUGGGGCAAGGUCACUGAAGCCACUGCAAAAUGCGUUUGAUAGUGCUCAAGCUAGGGAACACGAACGUGAAUUACUUUAUCCCGAUGCUUGUGGAGGUGGAGGCAGGGGUUGGAUUAGCCAAGGGAUUGCUAAUUAUGGUAAAGGACAUGGAUCAAGAGAGACAUGUGCUUUGCACACUGCUCGACAUUCUUGUGAUACACUUGUGGACUUCUGGUCCGCUUUAGGUGAGGAAACCAGAUUAUCUCUCUUACGGAUGAAGGAGGAGGAUUUUAUUGAGAGACUUAUAUACAGGUUUGACAGCAAGCGGUUUUGCAGAGAUUGUAGAAGAAAUGUUAUUCGUGAAUUCAAAGAAUUAAAGGAGUUGAAGCGUCUGCACAAAGAGCCUUGUUGCACUAGAUGGUUUUGUGUUGCAGAUUCAGCUUUCCAAUAUCAGGUAACGGAAGAUUCUGUUCAAGCUGACUGGCAGCAGGCUUUUCCUGAUGCAAUUGGAGCUUAUCACCAUUUUGAAUGGGCAAUUGGCACUGGAGAAGGACAAACUGACAUUUUAGGCUUUGAAGAUGUUGGCUUGAAUGUAAAGGUCCAAGUAACUGGACUUGAUCUUGGUAGUUUUGAUGCUUGCUAUAUCACACUUAGAGCUUGGAAACUUGACGGUCGUUGCACUGAACUCUCUGUAAAGGCUCAUGCACUUAAGGGACGAGAUUGUGUUCAUCACAGGCUGAUAGUAGGUGAUGGUUUUGUGACAGUCACAGAAGGGGUUAGCGUUAGAAAUUUCUUUGAACAUGCUGAGGAAGCUGAUGAAGAAGAGGAUGAUGAUGCAAUGGAGAAAGAUGGAAAUGAGCUUGACACAGAUGGUUCCCGAUCACAGAAGCAUGCUAAGAGUCCUGAACUGGCUAGGGAGUUUCUUCUAGAUGCUGCAACUGUUAUAUUCAAAGAACAGGUUGAAAAAGCAUUCAGAGAAGGUACCGCACGACAAAAUGCACAUUGUAUAUUUGUUUGUCUUGCCCUAAAAAUGCUUGAAGAGUGUCUUCAUGUUGCUUGCAAAGAAGUUGUUACUUUAGAAAAGCAGACUAAACUUCUUGAGGAAGAAGAGAAAGAGAAACGUGAAGAAGAGGAACGCAAGGAGAGGAAAAAAACUAAAGAACGGGAAAAGAAACUUAGAAGAAAAGAGAGGCUAAAAGAAAAAGUUAGGGAGAGGGAAACGAAGCUUACUGAAUAUAAGUCACAUGAUUCUUUGCCUGCAGAUUCAAGUAUAUCAUCUAUCAGUUCUCAUGAUGAAUCAUUUAUCAUUUUGCAUUCUGGGGAUUCUAUUGGUGAACAAGGUGAUAAUUCUAUUAUUCAAAACCCUGAUUCCUGUGAGAAUAUGGUUGAGAAGUCCUCAGGCAUCAGUUUGAAUCAUGAAACUUUCGAACAAUCUGACAUUGAUGAAAAAUUCCAUGUUAAUUAUGAGACUUCUGCAUCUGAAUACUCAAAAUUAUCAAGACGGAAACCGGGACCAAGAAAAGAUUAUAUUUCAGAUCUGGCAUCCAAAUGGUAUGAUAGACGCCGAUGCUAUAAUAGCAAAGAGAUUAACAAUCAACAAGAUGAAGCUGGCAUUCAUUUGUGUUCCUCCAGAGGCACAAAUAGUUUGCACAGGAUGUCAAAAGAAAGGUUUGCAAAGCAUAAUCAUAGAAACUGCAAUGCUAAAAAGGUGAGAGAUCAAGAUAGAUUUGACUACCGAUCUUCUAGCUGUAAUCAGCUGGAGGAUUACAGUGAAAAAGCUGGGUAUCAUGAUUCAGUGAGUAGAUUAGGGAAGCAGAUAAAGAUUGCCAAUAAACCAGAACAUGCAGUGCAUAUGCCCAGGUUGUCCUAUCAGAAUGCUAAAUAUGGUAUUGGUUAUUAUUUACCGGAGAAUUUUUCCUUUCAAAAAGGGAAACAUGUUAGUAAUUCUCCAGCCAAAGAGAUUUCCAGGAAGCAGGUUUGGGAGCCACUGGAUGCACGGAAAAAGUGUUCUAGAAACCAUACUGAUUCUCAACUGCCCACAGAAACAGGUUUUGGACAAGGUGAAAGUCGUUGUCAGCAACAUAUUAGACUUGAAUCGGUUAGCGAUGUAUGCUCAGCUGACCAUUCUACCAGUUCAGAAAAAUUAGCUACGAUGAUGAGUUGUGAUGCUCAUGUUUGCCAGGAUAAUUUAGAUGACUUUCAUACUGGUACUCAUGUUGAUUGUCAUGAUAAACUUGGUCUCUUAAUAAAGAAAGAAUAUUAUUCAAAGAAUGAUAUAGAGGACAGUUUCAACCCCGCCAAGAUCACUGCUUCUGAUCCAGUAAGGAGCUCUUCUAGUUCAGAUAACUGUUUUUCAUGCCCUAGUGAGGGAGAUAGCAGCACUAGCUCUUCAAGUGGGCAAAAUGCAGAGUCAUCAGUAACUUCAGAUUCUGAAGAUGCUUCCCAACAAUCUUCUGGUAGAGAUUCAUCGACACCCAAUAGUGAUUCUUUCCAAAGAUUGUUAGAUGGAUUUCCAGAUAACAAGGGUAAGACAAAUGGAGAUGAUUCUUUAGCAAGCUCUGUUGCAGGUUGCCCAUCUAAGAACUGUUUGGAAUGUGAUCAUCCCAUUGAAAAAUCAGUUGUAGCCAGUGAAUCCUAUAAUGGACAACCUGGAUAUGUUAUAGCACCUCCAAUUAAACACAUAUUGCCAGGAGCAAACCAUAGUAUGAAUCUGCCAUAUGUUCCCUCUCCAGCCUUGGGCUACCAUACCUGGAACAUCAAUCCUUGGCCACAAGCUUGUAAUGGAUUCAUGACAUAUCCUCAGGCAAACCAUUAUUUGCUCCCAAAUCAUCUAGGAUGUUGUCCAUUGACAAACAAUCAAUCUGAUUUCGCUGUUCAUUACAAUCCUGUGCAACCUGUAGCCUUAUCUGUUUUUGAUGCAAACAAAGAAUUCUUGUAUCCAACAGCUAACAGAACGGAUGUUGGAACCUUUCAAGAACAAAAGAAUCAUGACCAUUCCUGUGGGUUUCAACAAUCACACUCUCCUAUUGAGCCGAUAGGCCAUGAGAGGUCAUUUUCAAAUAGACAAGUGCCAUCAAAAUCUCCUGCAGAAAACUGCAUUGGUGAACAUUGUGCCAAGUCAAACAAUGAACAUCCACCCUUCUCUUUAUUCCACUAUGGUGGCCCAGUAGAUGGGAACACAGCCGGAUUUAAUGCAAUACCACAUUCUCUGAAAGAUGAAAUUACUGGACACAUAGUCUCCAAUUUAACCGCAGCUCAGGGGCAGGAUUGCUCAAAAGAAGAAAUAAAGGUUGAACAGUAUUGUUUAUUUUCUUCUAGACAUGAUGCAAGAUUUUCAUUCUUCUAAUGCAGUUCAAGCAUCCUAUUUAGACUAUCUGCUCUAGUUGUGAAGGCGUGAUCAGUUGUAGCCAAUGAAAAACAAUCUUCCGCAUUAAGUUUUAGCAUAUCCUCAUUGGUUGAUGUUUCCAGUUUAUGCUUCCCGUUGCGGAUUGUAAAAAGGAAAUCUUUGAGUGAUAUAGUUUUAUUGCUUUCUUCCUUCAGACCCGUACUGUAUUGAGAUAAGUUUUCCGUCGUGAAUGAAAAUUGAUUUAUUACUUGA